AUGACCGAAGCGCACGUCGAGACGCGCGCGGCGCCAAAAUCUGCUCCAAGUACGACUCCUCAAGGCACUUCAACGACUGGUUCUAAGCUGCGUUCGACUGCAAAGCCGUUCGUGCUCAAUACAAACGCGCCAGCCUGGACUCCAACUGCUGUGCCUUCAUCUUCGUCGUCGUCCAAGAGUCAACUCAGUUUGGCAGCCAAGCCCUUUAUUCCUUCCUUUACUGCGCCGACAUUUGUGCCUGGAUCAUCGUGUACGCCGGAGGUGGAGACAAAAGACACGGUAGUGUCGGUGGACUCUGGUGUGACUAGUACGAUACCGAGCGAUGAGAACGAGGAGGAGCAGGUGAAGCCAAGUACAUUAGAGCCAGUGUCGACGCCCGCGACUUCGGCUGCGUCGUCAAACACAUCUGAGUCAGAGAUUGAAGAGCACGUGGUGGAGAAGGAACGUGAUGCGGAGGAAGAGAGUCUGAUGGAAGCGAACGAGUGCGUAGAGAAACAGAAACAUGAUGUGGAUGCUGAAGAAGAAGUUGAGGUUGUGGCGAAGGAAGCAGAGGCCGAGAAGACUGAAGUUGUAACAGGACAGGCCGAGAAGGUCGAAGUUGUGACGGAACAGGCUUUGAUUGGUGAGCGUAUUAUUUACACAAUUGAGCAGCUGCUAGAGAUGGAGCCGGAAGUGGAAAUGUGCCGAAUGCCCGAGCGAGUAAAGGGCAUGGUGAUUGCAGCUGAAACGACAACAAAGGCUCUUUCAGCACCGGUACCAGAUGAGACGGGCCGAGGCAUGUAUAGCAACGAUUCGUCUCGUUCUCUGAGUCGUCACAACAGCAGCAGUAGCUUUAACGAAGGACGUGGGCGUCGGGAGCGUGGAAGUGGUCGCGGAGGCCGUGGUGGCCGUGGUGGUCGUAAUGUCCACGACACAGCACCUGCUCUUGAGGACUGUGCUCCGCUUGAUAUCAAUGAUGAGACGCGUUGGAAGCCCACGCACGCGAAAUCGCGUCUGGAUGAUCCUGUGGAGAAUGUGGAUGCGUCAUUGAAGGAGGCCAAGGCCAUUUUGAAUAAGCUGUCGAUUGAAAAGUUUGACAAGUUAUCUGAUCAGCUUAUCGAGGUUGCUGUGCGUGGUGUGAACGUAUUGAAGGGUGUGAUUGAGAUGGUCAUUGCAAAGGCUCAGAUGGAGUGGCACUUUUCGACAAUGUACGCCGAGUUGUGCGCUAAGAUCGCGCAGACUGCCAUGCCAGCGAUUGCCCUUGAGGACGAUGAAGUUGUAGCGGACACGCAUAAGCUUUUUCGCAAGUUGCUUUUGCAGCGCUGUCAGAAAGAGUUCGAGGCUAAGCCGGACGUCGAGGGACUGAAAGACUUGCGUGAGGAGGAGCGUCUUGAAAAGGAGCUGUUGAUGAAGCGUGCUUCGUUAGGUCACAUACGCUUUGUCGGUGAGCUGUUUAAACAGCGCAUGCUGAGUUCGCGCAUCAUGCACGAGUGUGUCCUCAUUCUGUUCGGUGACGUGUUGGCUCCUGAUGAGGAGUCCCUUGAGUGCUUAUGCAAUCUGCUGAGUACGAUCGGUCAAUCUCUAGAAAGCAAGGCUUCCGAGAAGGCUGAGCUAAAUCACAUUAACGGGUACUAUGCUACCAUCAAGAAGAUGAGUGCAGAUCCAAAUCUCCUCUGCACUCGUGUGCGGUUCAUGCUUCAAGACCUGCUAGAGCUGCGUUCGAACCGGUGGGUUGCGCGUCGCAAAGAGACGAAGGCAAUGACCAUCGCUGAGGUGCACGCUGAAGUCGCUCGUGAGGCAAAGGAGAAGGAACGCAACGGCGGCAAAGCUAAUGGCCAAGCUCGUCUGCAGCGCAGCUACUCGAUGAACUCCGCAGGACCAACCGGCUCGAAUGAUCGGCGACGCGGUAGCAGCAGCGGAGCCUCAGCAGCCUGGAAAAAUCGAGCUGUAUCCUCCUCUUCGUCAUCGACUAGCACGAUUACUGCGCCUACUGUCGAUGCAGACGGCUGGGAGACUGUAACGGGUGGUGCGCGCAAAAAAGGUGUCAAGCACCGCUGCAACUCGGACCGGUUCGUCGCUCCGUCGUCUGGCGUGCCUCGUCAUCCAAGCAGUGCUCGCUUGACCGAUAACGCAUUUGCUUCGUUGAGCGUAAAGGAGUCUGGGCGUAAAGAGCGUAGUCGCAGCAACAGCUCCUCAUCGACAACAAUGCGCUCUUCGCGUAGUCGUGAGGACGUUGGUCGGCCACCAACAUCAUCUCCGGAAAAGUUGAGCAAGAGCCGACCUGCUAAGUCUGAAGAGGCACCCGAAGAAGAGGCCGCUCCUGUCUUGACGGCCGAGGCAUUCGGAAAGAAAGUGAAGGCCAUUCUGGAUGAGUAUGUGGAGCUGGAGGAUAUGGAUGAGGCGUACGCGAGCUUUACUGAGCUAAAUUCUUCAAACCAUUAUGGUCUGAUCCCCAACAAGGUUUUUAGUAUCGGUUUGGAUAAGGGCAACAAGGAGCGGGAGGCUAUCGCGAGCUUCUUGGCUGGUUUGUACGAUCGAAAGAUCGUGACCGGCGCAGCCCUGCAAAGUGCGCUGCGAGAUCUGCUGGAAUUCGCGGAGGACGUCGAGAUUGACAUUCCAAAGACGCUGCCAUAUUUGAGCGUCAUGGUAGCUCCCUCUGUGGUUGCGGGCAGCAUCACGGUCCCUCAGCUCGUGUCGAUGUCGGAGCACCUGUGCUACAAUGGCAAGGCUGCGAAGCUUGUUGGAUCGACCCUCGCGGUCGUGCUGUCGUGUGAAGACGAAGCCAAGGUGCAGGAGCUACUCGCUACGGAAAGCGUCGACUUCAUGGCGUUGCUGGCCGAGACGAAUCGCAACGAAGAGGCCGUCCGGGCGUUCUACAAGGAUUAUUCGCUUGAGUUUCUCAUGUAG